AUGAGUGGUCAAAAUAUUUUAAAAUGUAAAAAAUGUCAAUUAGAAAUAACAAAUAAAAUAAUAACAAACCAUAACUCUGAUACAUUUCAUGAGCAAUGUUUUGUUUGUAAAUUAUGUUCUACUCCUAUUUCCGAUCCUUACUUUACAGAUAAAGAAACUGGUGAUUUUUAUUGUGCAAAGUGUGAAGUAAUUAGAAAUGAUCAAUCAAAACCAUUGAGAGAAUCUUUAGGAUUUUGUUCUUUAUGUUAUAAAUAUUUUAGACAAAAUGAAGAUAUAUUGACUAUUGAUCUUGAAAGAUAUCAUAUUGGUUGUUUAAAGUGUACAAUUUGUAAAAAAGGAAUAAAUAAUGAAAAGUAUUAUAGAGAGAAAAUGACAUCAAAAUUAAGUAAUUACUGUUGUGAGGAUUGUUUUGAAAAAGUUGAUAAGUGUAAUGGAUGUAAUUCAAUGACGCUCGGACAAACCCUUCUUGCGAUGGGUAAAAAUUAUCAUGCCAAUUGUUUUAAAUGUUUUAAAUGUAGUGAAAUUAUUAAACCAAAUUCACCAUAUUCAAUAAAUAAACAAACAAAUACACCAUCUUGUCAAAAAUGUAAUUAA